CGAGCAGUCCAUUUACAAAAACCUCAUUCAAGUUUUGAGUGUUGAAGAGAGCGCAUGUAUUGAUCAGUGCGAGCGGACGGCAUCCUUUUGGGAUUACAACCUGAAACCGUGGUUUUUGAGUCCAUUGCGAGCCGUCAUCUAUAGGAGAAAACCGACCCAAAGAGGUCAAUAUAACAAUCGCUUUUAAGCGAAGACCCUUUUCUGGGAGCCUCCUUGAAGACCCAGGUGACAUGGAUGGAUUUUAUGACCAGCAAGUACCAUUUAUGGUCCCACCUAAUCAGAAGUCAUUGCAAUUGGAGGAACCGUAUAUACGACCAGUUAAUGAGAGAAAAAGAAAAUUAGUGGAGACUGAACUCGCUCAGGACACAGAGGAACUUUUCCAGGACCUCAGCCAGCUGCAGGAGAUCUGGAUCGCAGAAGCUCAGGUGCCCGAUGACGAACAGUUUGUCCCAGAUUUCCAGUCGGAGAGCUUGAUGUUUCAUGGUCCGCCACUGGCGAAGAUCAAACGGGAACUGAGUCCCUCCAAAGAGCUCUCCCCCUGUAGCCAGGAUAGAAGUCCCAUGCCGUAUGGAGAGAAGUGCCUUUAUAGCUACAGUGCCUAUGAAAGGAAGCCCACAGCUGGGUUUAAGCCAUUGACUCCUCCCUCAACACCCGUUUCGCCAUGUGGCUCCGCCAACACUCUGGGGACACGUCCGCUGCAUGAACAGAGUCCUCCCCCUGUCUCCAACACAACAUUAGGACAGCGUCUCCUUCAUGGGCAGCCUUCAAUGACCAAGACGUCGCCUAGCCAGACGACACUCCCUCACCAUAGCCAGAGCCCACCUUUUGCAGUGCCCUGUCCACCCCUAAACCGUGAACCUCACUUCAAUAAUGAACCUAGGUUUCAGCGGCAACUUUCAGAGCCUUGUCUUCCAUUCCCACCUUCUGACACACAGGGAAGACCCAACUUCAUGCCACAGGUCCCCAGCACUUCACCAAGAGAUGGAAGGCCACCUUACCAUCGGCAAAUGUCAGAGCCUCUGGUUCCCGUGCCUCCUCAGGGCUUCAAACAGGAGCUUCUAGACCCCCGCUACGCUGAGCAAGGUGUUCCCAACAUGGGCCCAUCCCAGGCUGCCUUCCACCCAAUGGCCAUCAAGCAAGAGCCACGAGACUUCUGCUUUGACUCUGAAGUGCCUAAGUGUCAGUCUUCAUUUGGGAGAGCAGCAAGCUUCUACCAAAACCAUGAGAACUUCUCAUUUGACCGAGAUCAACAGAUGUAUUUCGACGACACCUGCGUGGUUCCCGAGAGACUUGAAGGGAAGGUAAAGCAAGAGCCCUCUGUUUAUCGGGACGGCCCACCAUACCAACGUCGUGGCUCCCUCCAGCUUUGGCAGUUUCUGGUUACGCUGUUGGAUGAUCCUGCCAAUGGUCAUUUUAUUGCCUGGACAGGACGUGGAAUGGAGUUCAAACUUAUUGAGCCAGAAGAGGUGGCCCGACGCUGGGGCAUCCAAAAGAACAGACCGGCCAUGAACUACGACAAGCUGAGUCGCUCACUUCGUUACUAUUAUGAGAAGGGAAUCAUGCAGAAGGUAAAGGUUGCUGGUGAGAGGUAUGUGUACAAAUUUGUGUGUGAUCCCGAGGCCCUCUUCUCCAUGGCCUUCCCAGACAACCAAAGGCCCAACCUUAAAGCAGACCCCGACGGCUUGCCCGGAGUGGACGACGACACUCUUCCGUUGGCGCACUAUGACGAGGGGGCUUCGUACUUGGUAGACGGUGGCGAGCAGUGUGUUGCUGGGAUGCCUUUCCCUGACGCUUAUGUGUACUGAGCAUGAACCCUUGAUCUAACUGAAACACAUCUGUCCCUCUUGCCUCGACUCCUUUUGAACUGUUGCCCACUUCCAGAUUAACCCUCCCAAUCAUUAAAAAAGAACGAGGAGAAAUCUGCGAGCCACCUUUUCUCUGGCGUCAGCCCACGAGGAGGUGUCAAGGAGGUGAGGAAAGUUGGUUUCCCACGCUUAAACCUUCCUCGUGGCAAACGGUCUCUGCCGCAGAGAUGAAGAGGUUGAGCUGGAGCUGACCGGCACUGAAAGACUGACGGAUCUCACUGCAAGAAUUGUAGCAAUUCUGUUUUUGACAAUCUGCUUUUUAAAAAAAAGAAAAAUUGGUAACAAACUAUUAACAGACAUCCUCACAGAAAAA